AUGAACUUCUUCGAUCAGCCUUAUUAUAGUUUACCUCGAACUUUCGGCCGCUUCGUAGGUCGGUGGCCGUUCCAGACUAGUCUUCAAAAGUUUUUGAUAGGGAUCAUCAUUAAUCUAGCUUAUAUUCUGCAAGUGGGACCGAAAAUUUUGGCAGACAUUGUGCACUCUGAUGAUCGGGAGCUGAUUUUUGAAACAUUGGCUCCUACUAUAACAGAUUUUGCAGCUUUCGCAAAGUAUAUUAAUACUUUUAUAAAUGCAAAAAUGAUUAAGAAUCUUUUGGAAAGGAUUAAAGAAGACUGGAUAUUAAUUACAAACAACAGUGAAAAAGUUAUUUUGAAAAAACACGCUGGAGUGGGAAAACUCAUGGCUACUGGAUACGUAGGAUUUGUAUACACAUCAACUGUGAUGUUUAUUAUCGAGCCAAUUUUGCCGAUACUAAUGAAUGCAAUAUUAAAAACGAACAUCACUGCGCCACAUAAAUUUGCCGUUCCAAUGGAGUGGAUUGUAAUAGACAAAGACAAAUAUUAUUGGUUGUUACUCAGCAAUUCCAGCGUUUGCAUCAUGAUCAUUUUGACAACGCUCAUUUGCUAUGACGUCGUAUUCAUCACCGUUGUUCACCAUGCUUACGGAUUAUUCGCAGUUACAGGAUAUCGGAUCAAAAAUUUGCCCAAUAAUACAAGACAAGAAAAAAACUUUUCAAAAUUUGAUCCAAUAACAAAUAAGCGGGAUAUUCAUUACAAACAUUUAGUUUCAUGCAUCAGAAUUCACCGACGCGCUUUAGAAUACGCAGAUUUUAUUGAACACACCUUCGCUGGAUGCUUCGGAGUUGUGAUUGGAUUGAAUUUGCCGUUAAUAAGCAUCACUGGAGUUCAGAUAAUUGCAGCUUCGAACACAUUUCAACAAAAAAUGAAGUACGUCAUGUUCUCAGGAGCUCAGAUGCUACAUCUCUUCUUCGAAUGCUUCCUGUCUCAGCAGCUGACGGAUAUAAGUUCGCAAUGGUACGACAUUUCGGCAAAAUCUCAAAAAUUGCUGAUUUUGAUGACCAUGAGGUGUCAAGUACCUUGUACUUUAACGGCAGGAAAAAUUAUGGGACUGUCCAUCGAAAGCUUUGGAGCUAUGAUCAAAACUAGCGGAUCAUACUUUACGAUGCUGUUAUCUAUACAAUAA